UACCUGAUGUUGUCCUCUGAAUUUGAUCGGUUGCUUCCGCUCUCGGACUUGUACAUAUACAAACCUUGUAUGGAACUGAUACUGUGAUCGAUUUCAUCAUUGGAUCUGCAAGCAAAUGCUUGCAGAUUCAUGAUUGCUGGGUAGUGACCAUGGAGUUGUGUGAGCUUGUUUGAAGUGUUUGUAGAUUCACCAUCAACAUGUAGUUUCAGGUAUUGUACAUGUGUGACAGUUGCCUCACUAGAAUAAUGGUGUUGGUUGUUGUGGGGAGUUCGCGUUCUGAAGACUCAUUUCGACCUCAAAGCCCGGUCGUCUGGAGAGCUGUGGUGGGUCGGCCUGGCGAGAAUGGAAUCAGUGGUGGAGAAGAUCGUGAGUCUCUGUAGAAAAGGAGUAGAAGCAGGAGGAGGCGGAAAAUCUGAUGAAAUCAAUUCGAGGCUUUUAGAGGCUUCAGCUAGCAAGACCGUGAAGCUCCGCUGGAAUGGACAGACGGAUGAAAAUAUUGAGGAUUUGUGCCACUUACUGGCCUCCAACCAAAGAUUGCAAACGCUCUGCAUUUUCCAAGUGAUCGCGUUCGGCACAGACACAGGAGGCCAGCUCAUGGCACACUUGCUGACAGGAAAUCCUAGACUCAAAACUCUAGAUCUGACAUCAAUAAAACCAACUCCAGGUUGUGUGGAUGCCCUCUGCAGGGCCUUGGAAAUCCCAAGCGCAACGCUUGAGAGCCUGAGCAUCGGCGAAACAGACUCCUAUAUCAACGGCCCCAUAUUUCAGCGACUAGCCCGAAUGCUAUCAGUCAACACCUCCGUCAAGCACUUCUGUGUGCGCCACAACUUUCGUCAGGAUGAUGAGGCAGAACACCGCACGACAUCGUCGUACCCAGAUCCGCCUAAGCCACGCAGCAACGACUACAACAUCACCGGCGACCAGCAGAUGGAGCUGAAAGACUGGAUGGAGCUAGAACAAAGGAGGCAUAUGGAAUCGGAAGCUGAGCAAGCAUGUUCAAGUCUUGCAGACAUGCUGCGUCACAACAGCACCCUCAAAAGUUUGAGCAUCUCGGUGUACCUUGGAGAGGGAGCCCCUGAAAUACUGAUCAAGGCCCUCGAAGACAACCCGAGCCUGGAGGAGCUCCAUAUUCAGAAUAUCCUGAGCUGGGGCCAAGCGGGUCUGGUGAAACUGAUCAAGGCAUUGACUCCUAGUCCACCGAAUCCAUCCAAGCUUCAGCUGAAGGUGCUACAUCUGGAUCAGAAUGUGGGCAGGGACCCAUUGGGAUCGACGAUACUGACCUCCGCUGAUCUUCCGAGCGCUGAAGUCCUGGCUCAGAUGAUCUUGCACAACCAGACUCUGGAGACUCUGCUGAUCGCUCAUGGCUACUCGGAGGAAGAUUGGGAAAGCGUGAUAGUGCCCGCAAUAGCUUACAACUCGACGUUGCAUCUGGUGAGACGGUUUCAGGAUCCGUGCUCAUUCACUCACCCAAAAUCCUCAUGGCGCCGCUUGCUUAGAUUUAGUUGCGUAAGAAGUUGCUUCAAGGCCGCUACGUCGCUGAUGGGAGAAAAAUGGUUGCAGCCCGAAGAUUAUGAAGUUCUGAGUGAAAGUAGCAAUUCUUUUGGAAUGGGCGCGACUUACAGUCGUGUUCGAGGCUGUCGAAGGUUGUUGCACAUGGCCGGUGACUUCCAGUGCUGGUCCAAGUACCCUUCUGCCGGAGCUAGGUGGAUGGUGAAAACAUCAAAUAGAAGUUAUGUGCUGUCAUUCGAGGAUUAUUCCACCUAAUUUUCCAAUUUACAAAGACGACAUUCUGCACAACGAAAGUCUGUCGCCUUGCCUUUCCUUGCCUGAGAACGAGCCGUUCAUGAAGCUUAAGCCACCUACGUCGACCGAAGUGAUGUUUCCAGAUGAGAAUAAACACGAGGAACCGCUUUCAAAGAGGUGGAUGCCCCACAACUCAUGGGACGAACAUAGUAGUACUAGUGUACCACGAACCAUAAUCCAGCUGCAACACAGCACAAAUUCCAGAGUUCAGUUGGAGAGUAGAAGAUCUUCAACUCGCCAACUCCUUCCAACAGAGAGGGUUUUCCCCAGGAGGGGUUCCAGUUUCUGAUCAUUGAUGUGGAUACUACAAGGCAGCACUAGCACACUUCUGAUAUUUUGGAACGUUCGUCGGCGGCAUGCUUAUCACGCCAAAGUUAAACUAUUUAUAUAACACAGCAAGAAGCU